GGAGUUGUUAAAGCUACUCUUAAAUGCAGUUGCAGCUUCAUAAAAUUCUGUUAAAGAUUUAGGGUGGAGCUCCAACAAACCAGUCAACCGUUUAAUUUACUAUGGAUUUAGAAUUUUCCAACAAUAUUAGUGACACUUUUAACUUCUCUGAAGAUACCUCCUACGACCUCUUUGGGGAGAAUUUCACAGAGUUCAACUUUUUUCCUGAAAUUCAACCCAUACAGAUAGUGUCUCUGGUUCUCUACGCCCUGGUGGUCCUGCUUGGAGUACCUGGUAAUGUGCUGGUUUUGUGGGUGACUGGUUUCUGCAUGAACCGCUCGGUCACCUCGAUAUGGUUCCUGAAUCUGGCGCUGACUGAUCUUCUGUGCUGCCUGUCCCUCCCUCUGCUCAUGGUCCCCCUGGCACAUGACGACCACUGGCACUUCGGUCCACUAGCCUGCACUCUAGUGAAAGGCCUUUUCUAUUUGGUGAUGUACGCUAGCGUUCUGCAGUUGGUUCUGAUCAGUGUGGAUCGGCUGUUGCUCGUUAAAAAAGCCAUAUGGUGCCAGAACAACAGGCGACCCAAGCAAGCUGUAUGGGCAUGUGUGGCUAUGUGGUGCUUGGCUCUUCUAGGCAGUAUCCCUCAGUUUGUCCACGCCCGACAGAUUGAAAAAGGGGACCUUAAGAGGGAAUGUGUCCUAGUAUACACCAAAGAAAAUGUUUGGCCCAUCGCAUUCUUUCGGUUUAUGAUGGGAUUCAUCCUCCCCUUCUUUGUCAUUGUCAUCAGUCACCUGGUUGUCUACAGCACCACCCGGAGGGGAAUAUCACGUGGUCGACCCAGAUCCAAACGAACCCUGAGAGUCAUUGUCGUUGUGGUGCUGAGCUUCUUCUUGUGCUGGCUCCCCGUGCACAUCAUGGACUUUAUCGAACUGGCCACCCCUCUGCGUUCUUCUCAUCGACCAAGAAUCUACCUGGCCCAGGUGCUGGCAAUCUGUCUGGCAUACUUCAACAGCUGCCUCAACCCUCUGAUCUACGUGUGCAUAGGGCGAAGUUUCAAAGACAGCAUGAACCGCUCCCUGCGUCACGUCCUUCACUUCGCUACAGAGGACCCAGCCUCAAAGGGGAGUACAAACGACACCAAGAGCACCAGCAACGAAAGGGUGAUGACCAAAAUCUGAUGGACUUGUGUUUACAACCAACCUACAGUCUUUAAUUCCUAUGGAAAAACUAUGUGAAUGUUAACUCUAUGCAAGUUUCUUUGCCAAGAACUUAAAUUCAGUUUAGAAUCAACUCUGAAAUGUAUCCCAUGUUAGUUUUUCCAAACAGACCAUGUAAAACAGAAUAGCUGACUUUGCAAAAGCAGCCGUUGGGUUGAGUUCCCCAUUGUUGCUAAGCAGGAUGUCUUGCACAAUCUGUGAUGUUCUAAAAGUUCAUUUUUAUGUAUUUAAAACAAAAAAAAAAGGCCCACUUCUUCUUUUAUAGAAAACAUGUUUUUGUUUUGUUUUUACUUUGUCUUGCAUAUUACACUGCUAUCAGAGUAAUUUAUAUUUAUAUUAUAUUCUCUCUUCAUGACUUAAAUUUCCCAGUAGAGUUGGUAGGGCUGGCAGUUUUAUCAUUUAAGUUGCUGUUCCUGAUACAGACCACAAGAGGGAGACAUUUUCUAAACAUCUGAAGGUAAAAAGCGUAUAUUGCUUGUAUUGUAUUUUAUUUAAUAUAAUGUAGCUUUGAUAAAAUUGAUUCUUAACAAGUGUUCUAUUAAAAUAAUGGAUUUUUUUUGUUUGACGUUUACAUAAAGACAGUUUUAUAAGAAUUACAAAGAUUACAUAUGUAUAUUGUUUCUAUUUUUAAAAAUGGUAUUUUAAGGCAUUGUAACGAUAGCUUAAAGUUUUCUUUUUUAAAACAAGUUAACAUGUUUGCAGAUUUAUUUUUCCCUGAAAUUUUCUACAGGAACUUCUAUUAUUCCUUUGUGAAAUGUUUUGGAAAAUAUGUAAAUAUACACGUAUUUUGUUCGACACUGUCACUGGUGUACUUAAACAUGGAAAUAAUAGUAGUCUUAUUCAAAAAUAAAUAUCCUUAAACAUUUA